GCCGAGAUCGUUUUUUCCAAAGGGGCGUAUUUUUCAAGCCAUCUUGACUGAAAAUUUAGCCUCAUCCAAGGUACAUUAACUUGAUAUCUACAGGAUUUUAGUAUUUUUAAGUGGAAAAUCAACAACGUUGGAAAGGUUUGAAGCAUAGCUAUGAAACCAGGUCGAGUUUAUGUGUUUGUCCGGAGUCACAGCGGAGGACUGGACUGCUGAAGAUGACGCUAUCGCCCCUGAAAUUACCGGCUAACGUUAGCUAAGCUAACGGCUAGCAUGUCCGCCUUGGUUGUAGUCUGUCACUAGCUGACAUUUGGCCAGGAUUAGUUGUUUUCUCUGGCACAGGCACUGCGGAGGACGAUUUCUCAAGGGAGCUGGUGUAAACCCCCAUGCAGAAGGUGAGGAGGUGGGAAUGUGAGACAGUUGCUAGAGGACUCAACAUGGGUAGGGGCCGAGGCCGAGGGAGGGGAAGGGGCAGGGGUUCAUCUGGCCAUUUGCGGCCCCCCUCGCCCUACAGACUACAGUUGUCUCCGACCAGGGAGACUUUGACCUAUGCUCAGGCACAGAAAAUCGUGGAGGUGGACCUAGAUGGAAGGCUCCAUAGGAUUAACAUCACCGAUCCCCUGCCAGUCAUCACUGAGGAUGAGAUGAUGGCCCAGGACAUUGCUGAAUGCAACAGCAACAAGGAGAACAGUGAGCAGACGCAGAGUAAAGCCAGAUCGUGGAGGAAACCCCCAAAUGCCAAAGGUAGGCGGAACGGCAAAAAUGCGUCUCACCAGAGCCAGCGGUCUGGCUCCCAGCAGCACACAAGUCCUACUAAUUCCCCAUCUCACCAAAGUCCUCUACCUGAGCCCACCUUCCGCGUGCUGAGUUCUGUAUGCCCUUCAGAUGCACCACCUCUCCCAGCAGCCUAUUACCGUUACAUAGAAAAAUCAGGGGAGGAGCAGGACUGCCAGGCAGAGUAUGACAUGGAUGAGGAGGACCUGGCCUGGCUAGAGAUGGUCAACCAGAAGAGGGUGUCUGACGGCCAUGCAUCCGUAUCUCCGGACACUUUUGAGCUACUGAUCGACCGCUUGGAGAGGGAGUCCAUCCUGGAGUCCCGCAGCCAGGCUUUGUCCCAGAGUGCCAUAGACGAGGAUGCCUUCUGCUGUGUUUGCCUGGAUGAUGAGUGUCUGAACAGUAAUGUCAUCCUGUUCUGUGACAUCUGCAACCUGGCUGUUCACCAGGAGUGUUACGGUGUGCCCUAUGUACCUGAGGGCCAGUGGCUGUGCCGCUGCUGCCUGCAGUCCCCCUCCCGUCCUGUAGACUGUGUGCUCUGUCCUAACCGGGGAGGUGCCUUCAAACAGACAAGUGAUGGAUGCUGGGCUCACGUUGUCUGUGCUAUAUGGAUCCCUGAAGUGUGCUUCGCCAACACUGUCUUCUUGGAGCCUGUCGAAGGGGUCAAGAACAUUCCUCCUGCCCGCUGGAAGCUCACCUGCUACCUGUGUAAGCAGAAGGGCAGAGGAGCGUCCAUUCAGUGCCACAAAGCCAACUGCUACAGGGCCUUUCAUGUCACGUGUGCCCAGAAAGCUGGCCUUUUCAUGAAGAUAGACCCUGUCAGAGAGACCAGUGUCAAUGGUACAACCUUCUCUGUGAAGAAGACAGCUUUCUGUGAGCAUCACUCUCCAGUUGGGUCUCGGCGGGAAGGGUCUGGAGACGAGUCAGUCGAGGGGAGACUGGUGGGAGGCCGGGGCAACCGGGGUCAGAGGUCCUAUACACAAAGCCCCCCAACACCACCAAACAAGAGGGAUGCCAAGGGUCAGAAAAAGAAGACUAAGAAAGGGUCUGGUGGGUCAACACGUCGCUCUACUGUGCCUGUGCUGCUGGUGCCUCAGAUCCCCUCUCACAGGCUGAACAAGAUCUGCACAGGAGUUGCAGUCCAGAGGAAAAAUCAGUUCAUGCAAAGGCUUCAUAAUUACUGGUUGCUGAAACGGCAGUCACGCAAUGGCAUGCCUCUCAUACGCCGACUUCAUUCUCACCUGCAGGCCCACAAGACUGCAGAACAGAAGGAACCUGAUGAGAAGUUGUGUGCUGCAAGAGAGGAGCUACGCUACUGGCAGAAACUGAGGCAAGACUUGGAAAGAGCCAGGCUCUUGGUGGAACUGAUCCGCAAGAGAGAGAGGCUAAAGAGAGAGCAGAUGAAAAUUCAGCAGGCUGCUCUGGAACUGAAGUUGACCCCGGCUCUAGUGCUUCUCCGCUCCACCUUGGACCAACUGCAAGAGAAGGACACUGCCAAGAUCUUCUCGCAGCCUGUAAAUCUAGCAGAGGUCCCAGAUUACCUGGAGUUUAUUUCUCAACCCAUGGACUUCUCCACCAUGCGUACCAAACUGGAGGCCCAUGCCUACUGCUCCAUAGCAGACCUUGAGAGUGACUUUGAACUCAUGGUCUCCAAUUGCCUCAAAUACAACUCCAAGGACACAAUGUUCCACAGGGCAGCCCUGCACCUGCGGGAGGUUGGGGGAGCAGUUCUCCGCCAUGCCCACAGGCAGGCUCAGAGUAUCGGCCUGGACCCCAGCACCGGUAUGCACCUCCCAGAGGCUCCAAACAAACAUGGCUUCUACCACUGCAGCUGGGAUGAUGUUGACUGUAUCCUGGAUCCAGAGAACAGACUGCACCUGACCACAGACGAGCAACUGAAGGCAUUACUGGACAAACUGGACAUGGUUACAUCUAUGCGAUCCAGUGGUGGGCGAACCAAACGCAUCAGGUUGCUGCGCAGAGAGAUCAACACUCUCAGACAGAAGAUGAACCAGCAGCAGCACAACUCUCAUUCUGUAAAUGGUAAUGACAAGGAGGAAGAGGGAAAAGAAGAAGAAGAAGAAGAAGAAGAACAGGAAGAGAAGGAAGAACAGAAGGACAGAAAAAAGGGGAAGAAAGACAUUCAGGAUAAUGGACCUUUUACAUCAGUCUCUGACACUGGGACAGAUGACUCUCCACCUGUACUAGAGCUGACAUGCCCAGUGUCAUCACCACUGCCAGGAGACGCUCCACUCGAACCGCCAGUGCUGGGCAUAGUAACUGGAGGGCGAAGAUCACCUGGGCGCUCCUACAAGCGUCCGAGAUCGGCCCGCAGCGGAAGCAAAAGCCAGGGUGAAGAUGAAGCUGAAGUUGGUGAAACCCCAUCAUCACAACCAGAGGCUGUCCACGAAGUCACCCCGCUGGGUACCCCUCCAAAUCCGCCGCUAGUUGGGGUCGGUCGCCGUACAUCUGUUCUGUUCAAGAAAGCUAAAAAUGGGGCAAGGAUGGCAAAAGAUAAGACUGUACCACAACAGAAUGGAAAGAAGUCUGAAGGUAAAAUCAAUGGCUUGGACAGCACCCCAGCCAGUCCACAUUCGCCCGGUGUGACCACUAUCUCCUCCUCGCCCCCAACCCCGACUCCCACCCCUGUUCCCCCGCCACCCUCCUCCCACCACUUGAGGUCCAGAGGCCACAGCUCAGACAGCGAAGCAGACAAACCCCCAACACCAUCCAGAGAAGGAGGCCUAACAAAUGGAAAGCACAUUGCUGAGGACCACCAUGAUGACCAAAAACUAAACUGCAGUGUCUCUCCACCCAAACGCAGCCGGGGGAAACCCGCUCUAGCCAAAGUCCCCAACAGUGAGAACGGAGACAUCUCUGGCUCUGGAAGGACGAUGCUUCUGUCUUUAGAUAGUGAGACGGAGCUGACGCCCCUUGAUCUGGUUUGGGCCAAAUGCCGAGGAUAUCCGUCAUACCCAGCAAUGAUUGUUGACCCAGACAUGCCACAGGAGGGGCUUCUUCACAAUGGCAUCCCCAUCCCAGUUCCCCCUGUGGAGGUGCUCAAACUGGGCGAGUGGAGACAAGUGGAAGCAGGCGAGAAGCUCUUCUUAGUGCUCUUCUUCGACACCAAAAGGACGUGGCAAUGGCUCCCUCGAGACAAACUCCUGCCGCUGGGGAUGGAUGACACUGUGGACAAACUGCGCCUGAUGGAGGGCAAGAAACCCAGCGUGCGCAAGUCUGUACACACAGCAUACGACCGGGCCAUGGUACACUUAAACCAUGUGAGAGGAAACCUAAACUUCACCCCCUCCAAUUUUAUAUGAAUAAUUUUAGUCUCUUAAAUUUGACCAUCCUCAGCAGGUUCCUGGUUUGAGGGAUAGAAGUUUAAUCAGGGUGAAGCUCCUGAAUAGGUGGGGAAAGUAAAACUAGGAUCUCCAUUUCAACAGUUCAGCCUUGAUUGUAAUUUGUCUCUUUGUGGCAAAAAAAAAAUGUGACGCUUCAGUGAGUUUUUUUAAUGGGGGAAAAAGUAACAGCUUGAAGAGAUUUUUAGAAGAAUUUUCAAUCAUUUAUGUGAUUUUUUCUUUCUUCUUUUUUCCCUUUUUUAUUUUACAAAACCACUGUUACUAUGUGUUAACAUGAAGUUUAUUUUAGGCCAAAGUGAAUCAAGACUUUAAAGUGUGAAAUGUGUAAAUAGUUUUUUCCUCAAAGGGACUGUCUUGAUUCAGAGCAUAUUCCGAUUGUAUUUGCCAUUGAAAUAUCACUGCUUUCAGAGUGGUAAAGUCCCACUUAACUGUUCACAUCAUGUCUGGACCCUACUUUUAAGAAAGUUCUGUUUUGGCAGCUAUGGACAAAAAUUAUUAGUUCACCCUCAGAAGUUCUUAAAAAUUCCCCAAAUUAUGUUUAAAACAAUAACACACAAUACAUAAAAGCUUUCUGAAUGAAUAUGAGGCACAAAACUUAAAAAUUGACACGCCUCUCGUUCAUAUCCUUCCUACAUCAAAUCACCUACGAUCUAGCCUGUUAGUGUAGGCUGGGCCAAUAUGAUUGUUUUCCUUUGGAAAAAUCAGACGUCCUGGAGUGUUUUUUAAAGGAUGCUUUUGAAGUGAAUGAGGAAAAAAGUGAAAAUUUUACCCCAUAGAUGCCAGUUCAAACAUUCUUGAAAUUUCAGUCUUGCUAUGACUUGGCGUGGGUGAGACUUCAGAACACUUUACUUAUUUUUCCAUAUUGUGAAACUGUUUUUUGUAUUAUUAUGAGAAUAUUGGAGUACUUUGUGCAGCUACUUGGUGAAAGAGAUGUAAAGUCACUACAUAGAAGGUGAUGCUGAUUAUGUCAGGUCAUGAAAGGGUUUACUGCAAUCACUUGUUGAAAAACUUGCAAAUGCGUGCAAAUCUGGCUGUAAUGACUUGAAAAGCACAAUCGGUCUGUUUUGAAAAACUUGUGGAAGUGAUGACUCCUGGAGCCAUAUGUGUGGCAAAAAAACCUUAUAUAUGUGUGUGUGUGUAUAUAUACAAACUCAGUUUAGUAAAUGUGCAUGUGUAUAGUUUUGUAAAUAUGUAAAUGUAUGUUUAUAUCGGCUUACAUGAAGUAAUUUAAGGAAUGCAAAAAUCUAAUUUAGAUUUUAAUUUAUAUUGUGUGACAGUUGAAAGAGUGUUAUUUAAAAAGUAAAUAUUGAAAAGAUUUAUGUAUGAUGCUCAGUAGCUCUUUGUAAUAGUGACGGUACCUACGGAAAUGUCAGAUCAUAUUCCCUAGCAGUCAAUUGGCACAAAACCCUAGUUCUGUAGGCAUGAGUGCACUAGCCUACUAGACUCGUUUUGUUUUUUUCCUUGGGUGGCACGGGAGAUUUUUGAUCUUGUUAUUUGAAUUGUAGAGCAAGAUCUAUAAUCUGCCUGAGACAAUAUUUUCUCACACAAGAAUAAAUACUGUUUGAAAGGACUA